CGCAGUACCGCAGUGCGAGUUUUGACCCCGUUCACUCCGUUUUUCAGCACGAGUCUGUUCUCGCUGGGCAGCGUGUCCGAGUGUCUGCAGACGCUGCUGGCGCAGGGCAUCCGCCUGUACCCGGCGCACAUCCCCUGGCUGCAGGGCAUGGCCGAUCUCCGAUACGCGGGUCACGAGCCGACCUCGUCUCUGCGCCACUACCUGGAGGCGUGUCUGGUGAGCUCCGAGUACUUCUCGCGGCCCGUACCGCGCACCGUGCUCAGUGAGGCUGUGCUGCGGCGCAUGAUCAAAUGCUGCUCGGCGCUGCACUGCUACACGCAGGCUGCCGUGCUGUGCCAGUUCCUGGACGACGUCGACUACGCCAGCGCGUUCCAGUACGCCUCCGAGCGCAGCUGCUCGGACGCCAUGGACGCCUACUACGAGUGUGUCUGGGACGUCACACUACUCGAGUUCCUCACCAGCCUGCACCACCGGCGCGCCGAGCGCACCAAACGACAACAGGUCAUCAAACUGAUCGGACAGCUGGAGCUCAACUCCAACAAUAACGAGGAGAUCCAGCGCGAGGCGGCGGCCGUGCGCAAGGCGCGCUUCCUUAGGGCGAUGGUCAAACAGUAUGCGGCGUGACGAACGGAGGGCGAGGGUGGCGCGGAGCAAAGGUGGUGAUGGCACGAGCUGCAGUGUAAGGGACGGUGUGAGGAUGAGGUAGGCACGGAGGGUCAUGUCGAGAGUGGGAGGCCGUGGGCUGUGGUUGGUGGUGUUCGGUGAAAAGGCUGUGUGGACUCUGGACAGAGUUCGUUCAUAAGUCAGAUGAGGGGUUUGAAGAACCCGGCGACCCGCGCACUAGAGUCUUGGCGAAACGGAACUGAUUAUCGGGCUGAGCGUUUUGUCCAUCCGGCUGGCAAAGCUCGUCCUUCUGGCAAAAGGCCCACGUGACCCAACCCUUGCAAUCGCAGACCCACUCUGGCACACCUCACGCACGAUACCGAGCCUUGUUACCCCACGGGACCUGGCGCCAAGCUGAGAGCCAACCUUUUGCAUAAUUCCACCGCUGUGCUGACGAGUGAGUUGUGGAAUGAGUGUGUGCUCAUUGCAUCAAUGGCGUGGGAUCCGUGUAAAUGUGGCGGCAGACUGGUCACGAAGUUGCUAUUGUGUGUUUCGGUGCGUGUUCGAUAUACGUGCUCACUGCUCACAUCGCAUAUUAUGUUGAUUUUAUGUGUAUUGUAAUUUCAUGCUGUAUAAACGUACAUCAUCGUGUCAGAA